GAGGAGGGAGUGGGGAUGGUGGAGAGGAGGGCGUCGCCGGCUGCGGCGGCGGCGGGGGGGAGGCGGAGGUGCGGGGUGAGGGUGGGGCCGACGAGGCUGGAGGGCAUGCCGGCGGCGUGGCCGGCCGUCGCGGCGGUCAAGGCCAAGUGGCCCGUCUCCGGCGGUGCGCUCUCGCAGAUGAUCCUCGGGAGGUGCUGGGGCCGCGGGGUCACCGCCGUCGAGCCCGUCGGCGGCGACGGCGUCGUCCGCUGGGACGGCGCCGGCGACGCCAACCGCUUCCGCUUCGACCUCGACCAGCCUUCCGCCGCCGCCGCGCGCGCCGCCCGCCCGGAGCGCGGCGUGUCCUUCUCCAUCCUCUAUGGAUUCCAAGAACAAGGAAGAGGCAAGGACGUGGUGAAGCUUGAGGAGAUUGGGACAGCCAUGAUAAGCCUGGAGGAAUGCUGCUGGGAGAUGCAACUGCAGCAGCAGCAGAAAAGGGGGGCAACUCAGCAGCAGCUGGUGGUUGUCCCCAUCAGGGUGAGGAAAGAUGGAUGGGCAAGUGAUGCCAUGCUUUAUGUGAAUGUGGAGCUUGUGGACGCGAACACGCCUUCUGAGAACAUCGGAAGGACUGUUUCAUUCAGGGAGAGCAGGGCGAGGACGACGACUCCGGCACCGACAAUGCGGGACAAUAGGAAGAGCUUGGAGGCAGGGACGUACCAUGAGGUCCUUGACCUGAAGCAGCUGCUUGAUCUGGCUGACAGGGAGCACAAGGUGGCUGUGUACAGCAGGAGCAAGAGGAAUUCGGACAGCAGCAGCGUCAGCAGCAUGAGCAGUGUCAGCAGCAGCAGCACCAUCAGCAUCAGCAGCGCCAGCUCGAGCGGCGGCGCCAGCCCGGAGCCCGGCCUGUCGUCGAAACGCCGGCUUCUACCGUGGAGGAGGAAGAGCCGGGACUUCGACAAGAGGAGCAGCGAGUCGCUCUCCCAAGAAUUGCCCAUGAAAUACAUGGAUGAUGAUCUGGCGGGAAGCUGGGAGACUCGGGAGUUCACGAGCAGGGACUCGGAGACGAAGCUGAGGACGCCGGUGUUCUUCGCGUCCAUCGACCAGCGCGACGACAGCGCCGGCGGGGAGAGCGCGUGCACGGCGCUGGUGGCCGUGCUGGCGGCGGCGCUGCACGCCAACCACCCGACGAUGCCGACGCGGCCGGAGCUGGACGCGCUCAUCAGGGACGGCUCGUCGGAGUGGAGGCGGCUCUGCGACGACGAGGCGCACAUGGCGGCGUUCCCGAACAGGCACUUCGACCUGGAGACGGUGCUCGCGGCGAGGGCGAGGCCCAUCGCCGUGCAGCACGACAGGGCCUUCGUCGGCUUCUUCCAGCCCGAGAGCUUCGCCUCCCUCUCCGGCGCCAUGUCGUUCGACGACAUCUGGCGAGAGAUCGCCGCCGCCGCCGGCGGCGAGCCGGGGCGCGCCGACGUGUACAUCGUGAGCUGGAACGACCACUUCUUCGUGCUCAAGGUGGAAGGCGACUGCUACCACGUCGUGGACACGCUCGGCGAGAGGCUCUUCGAGGGCUGCGACAAGGCGUACAUGCUCCGGUUCGACGCCACGUCGGAGAUGCGCUCGGUGUCGCCGCCGCCGUCGUCGCCGUCGCCGGAGGAGGAGGUGAUCGUCACCGGGAAGGAGUGCUGCAGGGAGUUCAUCAAGAGGUUCUUGGCGGCCAUCCCGCUGAGGGAGGAGCUGGAGAUGGAGAGGAAGGGCUGCGCCGACGCGCCGCACCGCCGGCUGCAGAUCGAGUUCCACUUCACCGUCCUGAAAGAAGAAGAACAAGACCAAGCAAGAAGAUGAUGAUGAUCAGUGGUUGUAGCUCUGCAAGCUGACUCAAAGCUGUAGUCUGUACUAACAAACAUUCAUGUACAUUUCUAUACAUAUACAGUACAAGAGGAACAGGAAAUCACAGCAUUGAUACAUACGGAUACUACAGGGAUUUUUGGAUAGUAAAUAUUAUUGUAGGCAGACACAGGAAAUUUUUACAGAAAAAAAAAACAGAGUUCAUGGUUUGUCUUACCUUUUUUUGUUUGGAGGCAGGAAUAGGGUCCAUUUCAUCUCACCUGUCAAAGCCAUUUUGUAAGCAUGCCCAGGACUCACUGCACAUUAUUUACAUAUAGUAAAAUCUAGGGGCUUAUUUGACCCCGUUUA